AUGGAGCUCAGCAGACCCUUUAAAGCGUUGGUGUUGCCCCGACCCCCUGGCCCUGGAGGUGAUGGAUACCUGGCAAAGCUGUCAUCAGUGGGGAGCAUCUCGGAUGAAGAAACCUGUGAGAAGCUCAGAGGACUCAUCCAGAGGCAGGUUCAGAUCUGCAAGCGCAAUGUGGAGGUGAUGGACGCGGUCCGCAGGGGCGCUCAGCUCGCCAUCGACGAGUGCCAGUUUCAGUUCCGCAACCGACGCUGGAACUGUACACGGGAAGCUGCAUUUGUGUACGCUUUAUCUGCUGCUAGCGUAGCCUUUGCAGUGACCAGAGCCUGCAGCAGCGGGGAGCUGGACAAGUGUGGCUGCGACCGCAAUGUGCACGGUGUCAGUCCAGAAGGUUUCCAAUGGUCAGGAUGCUCUGAUAACAUUGCAUACGGGGUUGCUUUUUCCCAGUCCUUUGUGGACAUCAGAGAACGAAGUAAAGGACAGUCCUCCAACAGAGCGCUAAUGAACCUUCAUAACAAUGAGGCAGGGAGGAAGGCAAUUCUGAGCAACAUGCGAGUGGAAUGUAAGUGCCAUGGAGUUUCAGGCUCCUGCGAGGUAAAAACCUGCUGGAAAGCAAUGCCGCUGUUCCGCAAAGUGGGCAACAUAAUCAAGGAGAAAUUCGACGGCGCAACAGAAGUGGAGCAGCGCAAAGUGGGCACCACCAAGGUCCUGGUUCCCCGAAACACGCAGUUCAAGCCGCACACAGAUGAAGAUCUGGUGUACCUGGACCCGAGCCCAGACUUCUGCGAACACGACCCCAGAACUCCAGGCAUACUGGGAACCGCAGGGCGCUUCUGCAACAAGACCUCGAAGGCCAUCGACGGCUGCGAGCUCAUGUGCUGCGGUCGCGGAUUCCACACAGAGGACGUGGAGGUGGUCGACCGCUGCAGCUGCAAGUUCCACUGGUGCUGCUACGUCAAGUGCAAACAGUGCCGCAAGAUGGUCGAGAUGCACACAUGUCGGUGAUCCAGAACGCAGAACUUCCCCUCACCACUUCCCUAUAUGCACAGGGAAACUAGACAAAUUCCCAAGCAUUUCAUGCGACGGUAGAGGAACAUGUCAUACAUGAGACUUUAAAAUAUAGGGGCGAAUAUACCCGAGGUCCCAAUUGAGAGUAUUUUUCUCUCUUCUCGUUCUGUUUUUA